AUGUUAUGCUCUGCCUGUGCUAAAAGUGAAAGCCGACAUCAACUGAUAAACUAGUCUGUGAGUAAGGCAUACAACUGGCAAGAGUUUGCUCUGACUCUGCAGCUCACAGGAGCAGCAACUUCUCCUUCUGCCUCAGCAAUGGCAGAAGCUGUCAUAAGACACUGGGUGGAAACUCCCGUACGCUACCAGGAGCAGUUUGAUGUCCAGGAGCUGCAAGCACGCAGACUGGACCACUUUCUAUAUGCUUUGCCGGGCCCUUCUACAGCUGCAACGAGCACCAGAAGCUGCAUCGCAGAAAGUACUGCUGGGGCUGGGAAGGGUGGCCCCGAGGACGAAAACACAGGCUUUCAGGUCUUGCUGGACGUUGUGCAGUUCCGCCCCGAAGAUAUCAUCAUUCAGACUUUUGAAGGCUGGCUCCUGAUCAAAGCUCAGCACGGACCCAGGAUGGACGAACACGGUUUUGUAUCCAGAAGCUUUACCAGACAAUACAAAUUACCUAAUGGAGUGGAGAACAAAGACUUGUCUGCGCUUUUCUGCCAUGACGGCAUUUUGGUUGUUGAAAUGAAGAACUCAGUGGGCAAUAAUUAG